UCGUUCGAAUCGGACAUCAGCUGAAAGUAGAGCUCAGAAAACAGCAUCAGUAGUUCAGUGAGUCAGACAGCCCUCCUCUCGGGCUCAGAUCUACACCGGGAAUAUUUCACACCACACAGCUGCCUCAUACAGUAUCUUUUGGGCUUCAAUUUUGUUCAAAAAGCUUUAACGGACUAAUGCAAAAAAAUAAAACAAAAGCUGAAAAACAAUGGAUAAGCGAAACAGGCAGCAAACCUAUGAUAAAGAAACUUGCGUUUCACAUUCAUUAACGAGUAAGUAGGAAUUUUUUUUUUUUUUUUGCUUUUUGCAGCGCAUGUAUAGUUCCGGGAUAUGCUUGCGUAAAAUCAGACUUACAUCAGUUUCAACUAGCCUACUGUAGUUUGUAAGAAUGAGCGUUCAGUGGCUUCAGAAACCGGUACCGGGAAGACACGGACACAAGCGCUUUGACACAGACGAGCCCGUGAUCAGAUGUCCGCGGCUCAGCGAGUCUUCUGCUGACGUGGGUCUCCUGGGCUCCUCACCGGGAUCCCCGGUAAGCGGAGCACCUCUGAGCCUCACCUCAGCCCACCAGGGUCCCGCUCGUAUCGGCCAGUACCUGCUAGUGCCCUUGACCGACCGACCGGGGGUGCACAGCGCUUUAGACAUGGACACAAACGAGGAACUGCUCUGCAAGGUGUUUGAUAUGGGCCAAUACCAGGAGAAAAUAACAGCCUACAGCAUGCUCUCAAGUCAUAAGAACAUUGCACAGAUAAAAGACAUAGUUCUUGGAGAGAGCAAAGCAUAUGUGUUCCAAGAGAAGGAUUUUGGCGACAUGCACACCUUUGUAAAGAGUAGCAAGAGGAUUCCUGAAGACCUGGCUUCCAAGCUUUUCUACCAGGUGGUAUCUGCAGUGAACCACUGCCACCAGGUUGGCAUCAUUUUGGGGGACCUCAAGCUCCGCAAGUUUGUGUUCUCAGACGAGAAAAGGGCCCAACUGAAAUUAGAGGGUCUGGAGGACUGCCAUAUUCUGCGCGGAGAGGACGACUUGAUGUUUGACACACACGGCUGCCCUGCUUACGUGAGUCCUGAGAUUUUAAACGGUGGAGUGUGUUACUCAGGCAAGCAGGCGGACGCGUGGAGCCUCGGCAUCAUGCUGUACACAAUGCUGGUGGGCCGCUAUCCUUUCCAUGACCCGGACCCCACAACCCUGUUCUCAAAGAUUCGACGGGGCACAUAUUGCCUCCCUGAUGGGCUAUCUUUAAGGGCGCGCUGCCUACUUCGCAGUCUGCUCAGAAAGGACCCGGGCGAAAGACUGACCACAGCGGAGGUCCUCAUUCACCCGUGGUUUAAUGGCAACACACAGGACACAGGAAAUGCAGAACAGGAAGUCAACCUGAGAGAACAGACAGUGCCCCAGAUAGAAAUUGAGCAGGAUGAGGAUUUUUUCUCCUGAGGAAACCAUAUAGAUUGAAUAUGGACCAAAACUGUUCGUGAACUUGGUGUUUUGUUUUUAUCAUUUGGUUUCUUAUAUGGAUUUUGUAAUAGAUUCAGAAGUAUACACUCAGUGAGUAUUCACUCAAAGUACUGUAUCACGUGUGUCAGGUUUUUAAGGCCAGUGUGAAUUCGUUUUGAUGUCUUCUGCUAGUGAAUCAUUCUUGUGCUGUAUGAAGUGAAUGAGACUGGGCAUUAUGGGUCAUGUGAUAACGAGAGAAUGUGAGAAUGUGUGCAUGGUGACUAACCUCGGCCUAUGGGGCAGACCUUUGGCUUCACUUACUGUCAAAAUGAAUUGUCACUAAGUGAAUACUGCAGUACCAAAGGUACUUGUCUCCUUUUAUAAGGAGGAGAAUGAAAACUAAAGGAAUCUGACAUACGCAUACAUAUGGAGGACUAGAAGUGCAGCUUAAAAAUAUAAUAAAUAAACAAUUAUCAGUAUAUUUAAUAAAAAAAAGUAAGAAUUGUAAUAAAAAAUAUAGACAUUUUAACCUAUUUAAUUAAUGUUUAGAAAUUUAGUUAAAUAUAAAAACAAACAGAAAAAUAGUUUUUAAAAUGCAACUGGUUUAAAAAGCUUUUUUUAAAGUGCUCUUACAAAAUAAACAGUGUAAAAAAAAAAAGCACUUUUAAAAAAGCAACUUACCAAUGCUUUAUUAGAUACAAUUUUUAAAAAAGCAUUUAAAGUGAUUUUAAUAUUUAAUAUUAAUACAUAUAAUUAAUGUUUUACUAUAUUUACCAUUUUAAACAUUAAUUAAAUAAACACUGGUAAUUAUGUUUAUAUUUGUGAAUUUUUAAAUGGCAAUUUAGCUGCAUUUUAUUUUUAUUUUUUUUUAAUUAAUAAAUUGAUAAUUGAUUCAUUCAUUUUAAUUUGAGGUUGCACUUCCGAUUACAUGCUAUAAACUGUUUUAAAUCACAGAUACUGUUUGCUAUUCUGACUUAUGCCUCUCAAGAUUUGCCAAACUGUACAGAAAAGCCAUUCAGAAGUUAAAUGUCACAUAUUGACCUUUAACACUCUGUGACAUCUAAGGGGUUACCAUUACAUACAGAUUCUUAAAUGUUCAGGAUGAGCCUCUUACAGACUGAUACAAAGUGUUCAUUUAUUCUGCUGUAUCCUGAUCUCUAUAGUCUUUCUAGACACAGUUCAUUUACUUGAAUCCAAGCAACCUCAUAACAGCAUGAGGCUUCAGUAUGGCAGGCAAGUUCAUACUGCGAGUAAGAUAUAAGAUGACUCAACAGCGGGGCGUUGGUGUAACGAAGAGGAAAGGGCUAUGAACCCAGAAUAGUGUGCUCAGUAUGACUACAAACGCAUAUCUUUACUCUCGCUUUAAAGAAAGGAGAACAGUACUACUGUAAGGGUUGAGCAUCCUAUAAAGGUCUGUUUUCUGCUUGCCCUCUUGCUGGGGAUUUUAUGUUACCUCUAGAUCCAAGAAUAAUGGUGAUACAUGACGUUUAUGAUUUCUGAAAGGCUCUUUAUAAGCAAAGGCUGGAGGGUUUGCAAAAUGUCGUUCUUAUGCAUGCAACACAUGGGGAAAGCUGACACGAGUGCACAGAGUUCAUAUUGCUCUGUGAAUUAUGUAUUUGUGACACAAACCCCAAGGUUUGACCAUGAGGGUUUAACGGUUAAAAUCCAUUGUUCAAAUGAGCAUCUGUAAAUAUGUACAUCUUAAGUGUGUGAACAAAAUUUAAUAAACUCUUUGUUAUUUA